AGUGAGUAACCGUCAUUCUUUCAUUCAUAUAUCCGGUGUCGUUGGGUGCGUUUACGUCCCGAUUACUACCAACAUUCUGAAGCUCACAUAAGUCAACGUGUAAAAAGCUUGUCUGGCAACAACUUGGAUCAUAAUAUCAUCGUAGUUGCAGACUUCUUAGUGAGAAUUAAAGCCAAGCAUUAACGAACAUGGAAGCUCAGCAAAUUAUCACAAUGUCCAUCAAUAAGAUCACCGGCUCGCGUGGACAACGAGGCGGGGUGAACCUUCGGAGAAAUCUGUUGGUCGCCACGGUGCUUCACUCGGCCCGAGCCAUGUACUACGAGGAAAUGUGCAAUAGAAUGGCCAGGAAUGCUGAGCUACAGUCCAGUGAGAGAGAUAUGAGUGACGAGGCGGAGGAAGAUGAUUGUACUGAAUCCCCGGACUGGGGAGAUUCGAGUAACUCCGAGGAAGAGUCGUCCAUGGAACAAUCAUGUGAGCGUGUGGAGGCUGAAUCAACCGAACCACCCAUGGCAAAAAUGGAGGACAAAGAAAACUGUCAGCCCGCUCAGCCCACCGAUUCCUCGUCGUUGCAGGCGAGGCUGGAGAAACCCGAACUGGGCAGUACUCCGCUUGUCGCCGAGGCGAAGUCGGACUCAUCAUCGGACAAAGAGCGAUCGGUGCUUGGACAAAAGAACACCAACUCGCCUCCGUCAACAUUCGGCUGCAAGGCAUGUAAGCGCAAGCGGUCGGACUCGGCUGAGGAGUUGCGUGAAGCAUGUGAAUCCAUCCUGCCAAAGCGGGCUAAAUCAUCGGACUCGGAGUGCCAAACUGAGGAACUGCCAUCAACCACAACACCACCAACAAAACAGAACUCGGAAGGCUCUAUCACGAGUCUAGUCAGUAUUUUCAAAUCCGGUUUCCACGGACUCUCGGGUGAUGCCAACCCCAAUGGUAAAUCCACGAACAUUGGGUCCAGCGGCAACCACCUCCAACAGUCGUCAUACGGAUCUUCGAUGCCCAGACCGUUCGAGCAACUACAGAUGCCCAUUGCCGCCUGCUAAACAAAAACUGUUGGAAUACAAAACUCUUGCUGAACUGUCGAUGUUCUUUUAGUCCUCUAAAACAUGUUGAUUUGAUUGAUUUUAUGUGUACAAUUUCAAUUAUGUGCCUUUGGAUUCAAGCUGACCAUGCUUACCUAAAAUUGUUCAAAUAUGAAGGGAAAGGUUCAUGUUUUCGGCCCUACUUGAAAAUCCUGGCAAUUUCUCUGGCCUAUUUUUUCAUCAUAAAUUAAUAAAAAGAGAAAACAUCAUCCUCGACCGACGCAAUACUGCGCCAUAUCGUUCUGGUUUACGUUUUAAAAGUGAGAAAUUGUGAGAUCAUUUAACAACGCGGUUACACACUGUUUUUGAUUUGUACGGGUUUAUGAUGUGGCACAUUCGACUGGGUCCGAAAAAAAAUCGAGUUUGUUUGCUUUGUCCGACAAUUGCUUUGUCAGACGGGAUUUGCGUGGUUCUGUCUCGGGCGUGCCAAGGCCUUAGGUACAAUAGCCCGUCACCCACACAAAAGGGCCAUUUGCGUGAACACCGAAUGCAUGGAAUUUUUUCGCGGGAUAAGGGGUCAUGUGGGGGAGAGCAACCGCAUGCUGGCCUCGCCCUAUAUCCCCCGCAGUCCCCGCUGCGACGUCGUGAAAUGCACAGCUUACAGUUAACUGUAAGCUGUGAAUUUCCGGUGUUUUGUUGUUUAAGCUCUAGUGAUAUUCAAACAAUCACAGUGGACAAAUUGUCGCGCAUCAAGCUCAGAGCAUAAGAACCCAAACACUUGUGGGCGUGUGCAAAUUCAUAUGAAAAGUGGAGAAUUCAGGACCAUUAAGGUUUUGGAUAUUUCAUGUUCAAUCAACCUUUUUAGAGAGAAAAAAUGGUCUCAUAAUUUCACAUUUUCUUUUCUUACAUCUGAAGUUUUUUUCUGAAAAGGUUGCUGAUCAGCAGAAUUUUGUGAUGUGGAAAGCCCUUCCCAUCAGACAGGACAUGGCUAUUUGUGUGAACUUCCUUGACUAUGUGUCAGUGCUUCCCGCGGGGUUACGUUUUUGUGCAAUAAAUACCUAAAGCGAUAUGGAUAUUGCAAUUAUCUGCCAGCAUUCCCGCUUAUCCUAUCGGAUAUGCCGCGUUUAUGAUGUAGCCAUGUCUCACAUCCGGGAAAAGUUUGACCAAUACUAGUACAAGUGCACGUGUUGGUUCGGAAAAUAUUUGCUUGUGUCUAGAAUUAACUCUGGAUAUUUUUAUAUACAAAAUUAUGCCAACAUGUUAAACACCUUGUCAUGAUAUCAUUAAGUGUGCAUUUGCGAUAUUUUUCCUGGACAUAAUUGCGAGUUAUCGGAAUUGGACACUAAUUUUACAUUAUUUGACAUCUAUAUUUUUAUAGUUUAAAUGAGUAUGGAAAUGGUCAUCAAUUGUUUCUAUAUCACGUGUGGUGCUUAUCAUUACACCACACAACGCCACCCUCUAUGAUGAAAUAAUUUUGGCACCAUAUGGUAAAACACUGUUUGGUAAUUUUCCAUCGAUCAAAUACCAUGAACCUAACAUCACGUGUUUCCCGUUAUAAAGGUCAAGCAAGUUGAGUGAACGUGGAUUACAAAGUCCAUAUCCGCAGUAUAAGCCCAGAUGUGACUGACAUCACACUAUGCGUGGUGACAGUUGUGUUGCAUCAUCAUAUACGUACAUCUUGACAAAAUCACGUGUAAUUGAUAAUAAGACAUGGCACCAAUUAUUAUUUGACCAUUCUUACAACAAAAAUCCUUACUGUCUAUUUUCCGUACGUUAUCUAAAUUCACAACAUGUAAUUGACCGUUUGUAUCUCGAUGUUAAUAUCAAACUUUCAAUAUCAACAUGCCUUAGCACAUUUUAAAAACAUCAGGCCCAGUAUGUAUAUAUUUUUUGAUCUCAAAACAUGUGACCAUUUUUGUGGUCGGAAAAGAAAACCUGAA